AGAGAGAGAGAGAAGGAGAGAGAGAAGGAGAAGGCGAGAGAGAGAGGGGAGGGCUCGUGCGGUGCAUUUCUGAUCUCAUCCACGGACUAUAAGGGGGGCCGGAGGAGAAAUUCCCCCCCCUGCUCCGAAAAGCGGCUCACCAUGGGGAAUGCAGGGAGCAUGGAUUCUCAGCAAACUGAUUUCAGGGCGCACAACAUGCCUUUGAAGCUGCCAAUGCCCGAGCCAGGUGAACUGGAGGAGAGAUUUGCUGUCGUCUUGAAUGCAAUGAACCUACCUCCUGACAAAGCCAGACUGCUUCGCCAAUAUGACAACGAGAAGAAAUGGGAACUGAUUUGUGAUCAGGAAAGAUUCCAAGUCAAGAAUCCUCCCCACACAUACAUCCAGAAGCUGAAAGGCUAUCUGGAUCCAGCUGUAACCAGGAAGAAAUUCAGGAGACGAGUCCAAGAAUCUACACAAGUGCUAAGAGAACUGGAAAUUUCUUUAAGAACAAAUCAUAUUGGAUGGGUCAGAGAGUUUUUGAAUGAAGAAAACAAAGGUCUUGAUGUUCUGGUGGAGUAUUUGUCAUUUGCACAGUACGCAGUAACUUUUGACUUUGAAAGUUUGGAGAACAAUGUGGAAAACUCAGUGGACAAGUCAAAACCAUGGAGCAGGUCUAUUGAAGACUUGCAUAGAGGAAGCAACUUACCAUCACCUGUUGGAAAUAGCAUCUCUCGCUCUGGGAGACAUUCGACCCUACGCUAUAAUACUUUGCCAAGCAGAAGAACUCUGAAAAAUUCAAGAUUAGUGAGUAAAAAGGAUGAUGUUCACGUCUGUAUCAUGUGUUUACGUGCCAUCAUGAAUUACCAGUAUGGCUUCAAUAUGGUCAUGUCACAUCCACACGCUGUUAAUGAAAUUGCACUAAGUUUGAACAACAAAAACCCCAGAACGAAAGCACUUGUGUUAGAACUCUUGGCAGCUGUUUGUCUUGUAAGAGGAGGGCAUGAAAUCAUUUUAUCAGCAUUUGAUAACUUUAAAGAGGUUUGUGGAGAAAAACAGCGCUUUGAGAAGCUGAUGGAACAUUUCAGAAAUGAAGAUAAUAACAUAGAUUUUAUGGUGGCAUCUAUGCAGUUCAUUAACAUUGUAGUCCAUUCAGUUGAAGACAUGAAUUUCAGAGUUCACCUCCAGUAUGAAUUUACCAAAUUAGGCCUGGAUGAAUACUUGGAUAAGCUGAAACAUACAGAAAGCGACAAGCUUCAGGUGCAGAUUCAGGCUUACCUGGACAACGUAUUUGAUGUGGGAGCUUUGCUGGAAGAUGCGGAAACCAAGAAUGCAGCCUUGGAGAGGGUUGAAGAACUGGAAGAAAACAUUUCUCAUUUAUCUGAAAAGCUGCAAGACACAGAGAAUGAAGCCAUGGCCAAGAUUGUGGAACUGGAAAAACAGCUCAUGCAGAGAAACAAGGAGUUGGAUGUCGUCCGAGAAAUCUACAAAGACGCAAACACCCAAGUUCACACAUUGAGAAAAAUGGUCAAAGAAAAAGAAGAAGCCAUUCAAAGGCAGUCUACCCUGGAAAAAAAGAUUCAUGAACUGGAGAAACAAGGGACCAUUAAAAUCCAGAAGAAAGGGGAUGGGGAUAUCUCCAUCCUUCCAGUUGUGGCCUCUGGGACAUUGCCUGCAGGGGCAGAGGCAACAGCUAACCCUAACGCCUAUGUGGGACAAGUCUCUGGAACCCCUUCCUCAGUACCAUCGCCACCGCCUCCCCCACCACUACCUCCAUCCACAGCAGCAUCAGAAGCAGUUCAAAAUGGCCCAGUGACAGCCCCUGUGCCACCACCCCCUCCUCCGCCCCCACCACCGCCUCCACCACCUCCUCUCCCAGGACCAGCUGCUGACACUCCACCAACUCCUACCACCCCGCCUCCUCCAUCAGCACCCCCACUGCCUGGCACAGCUUCCCCCACAGUGGUUUUCAACUCAGGAUUAGCAGCCGUGAAAAUCAAGAAGCCAAUCAAGACAAAGUUCCGCAUGCCAGUUUUUAAUUGGGUUGCUCUGAAACCCAAUCAGAUCAAUGGGACAGUCUUCAAUGAAAUUGAUGACGAAAGAAUUCUGGAGGAUUUAAAUGUGGAUGAAUUUGAAGAACUAUUCAAGACAAAAGCCCAAGGUCCCGCUAUUGAUCUUACUUCAAACAAACAGAAGAUAACUCAGAAAGGAUCAAACAAAGUAACUUUACUAGAAGCAAAUCGGGCCAAAAAUCUUGCCAUUACCUUAAGAAAAGCUGGAAAGACUGCAGAUGAGAUAUGCAAAGCAAUUCACAUAUUUGACUUGAAGACCUUGCCAGUAGACUUUGUGGAGUGUUUGAUGAGGUUCCUGCCAACUGAAAAUGAAGUGAAAGUGUUGCGGCUCUAUGAGAGGGAAAGGAAGCCUUUGGAGAACUUGUCUGAUGAGGAUCGGUUCAUGAUGCAGUUCAGUAAAAUUGAAAGGCUCAUGCAGAAGAUGACCAUCAUGGCUUUCAUUGGGAACUUCUCUGAAAGUAUCCAGAUGCUCACUCCUCAACUGCAUGCAAUAAUAGCAGCAUCUGUCUCAAUAAAGUCAUCCCAAAAACUCAAGAAAAUUCUGGAGAUCAUCUUGGCUCUUGGUAACUAUAUGAAUAGCAGUAAACGGGGAGCAGUUUAUGGAUUCAAACUCCAGAGUUUAGAUCUGCUCCUAGACACCAAGUCGACAGACCGAAAGCAAACCCUGUUGCACUACAUAUCCAAUGUUGUAAGAGAGAAGUACCAUCAAGUGUCCCUCUUUUAUAAUGAACUUCACUAUGUGGAGAAAGCUGCUGCAGUUUCUCUAGAGAAUGUCCUUCUUGAUGUCAAGGAGCUCCAGAGAGGCAUGGACUUGACCAAACGAGAGUACACAAUGCACGAUCACAACGUGAUGCUGAAAGAAUUUAUCCAUAACAAUGAAGGGAAGCUCAAGAAGCUACAAGAUGAUGCCAAGAUUGCACAGGAUGCCUUUGAUGAUGCUGUAAAAUAUUUUGGAGAAAAUCCCAAGACAACGCCACCCUCUGUCUUCUUCCCAGUCUUUGUCCGGUUUGUUAAAGCUUAUAAGCAAGCAGAGGAAGAGAAUGAGCUGAGGAAAAAACAGGAGCAGGCCCUCAUGGAAAAACUCUUGGAACAGGAAGCACUAAUGGAGCAACAGGACCCAAAGUCUCCUUCUCAUAAAACCAAGAGGCAACAGCAGGAAUUAAUUGCAGAGUUAAGAAGGCGGCAAGUGAAGGAUAACAGACAUGUAUAUGAGGGGAAAGAUGGUGCUAUUGAGGAUAUUAUUACAGAUCUUAGAAACCAGCCAUACAGACGAGCCGAUGCGGUGAGGAGAAGUGUCCGGCGACGCUUUGAUGAUCAGAAUUUGCGCCCUGUUAAUGGUGCUGAGAUAACCAUGUGAGCCAGACCUGCCUGCAUGUGUAAAGUGGAGGGUGUACUUCAGUGAUAACCAUGGCUGUGGGAACUCUUCCGGCUACCCUUGAAUGCAGCCUUGAAUAGAGUUACAUUCUGAAGGGCCAAGAGGCCUCAAAAUUGCAUAGGAAUUUUAAAGAUAAAAUUAAAAAGAUGGGCUCUCCAUUCAACUGUAGUUAACAAGUGCCUAAGAUGAAAGUACCUGCUCAAAUUAAUCAAAGCAAUAGGACUUGAUUUGAUUGGGUAUCUUUUUACACCAAUAUGUUAUUCAGUGUUUUUAACCAAAAUGUAAAUGUCAUGUUAUCUUCUUUUUGUUAUCUGCAAAUUAAUGAUUGUCUUAUGGCCCACUUUGGUUUCUUGACAGGUUGUAAAUAACAAAUAUUUGGGUGAGAUCUGCUGUGGAUCCCUUUUGGUAUUUACGUAUGUCUCUGUGCUGUCUAAUAAGGAACUUAUUUUGAGCUUCAAAUAGCAAUUCUCUCUAGGUUGUAUAUCAAAAGGUUUGUUGCUAUGUGAGGGAAACUAUUAUUCUCAGAGAGGCUUUUCCUUCCAGUCACAGCCAAAUCCUGGUGAAGUAUAAAGAGGAUGUGAUUUUAUUAACACAUGAAGAUUCACCCAGUUAGUCUUCAUUUUCACGUUAUGACUUUUUCUGUGCAAUGCCCUAUGAGGGAUGAUUUGAAGGGUAAGACUGCAGUGCUACACAAAAUAAUGGGAAUAUCAUGCAAGACACAUUUAUGAUUCUAUGUUCUUCAGAGAGAGGCAGCUUAUAGGUAACACAAAGUAUAUUUAUUAAUUAGCAUUAAGCUAUUAACAUCUCAGUAAUCAGUAUUAGGAUCUCCAAGGACCAUUAUGGUUCAGUUCUGAGCACAGUGAAUAGUCAUGUGCCUUGUCAGAAAGUUUCCUAAGCCCAUUGACGAGCAUUCAGAUUGCAUCUUCCAUUGGCAGAGUGCUGAGUUGAGUAGUUCUCCUUUGACAAUCGCAUUUAAGGUUUUUAGUUUUUUUUAAAUGGAGGUGAGGGGUGCAUUUGACUGCUGGACCUAAAGAAAUUCCAAAGGCUAGUCUAAUGCUCCCUCUCUGGGAUAUUUUAGGGGGAAUUGGGGAUUGAUUUGUUGGGAAAUACGUAUUUGGAUGCAGUGAGGGAAAGGCAUAUGCAAAAUGAGAAUGAAAGGCAAGCCAAGCUCACUCUGCAGGUACAGGGCAAGCCAUUGCUUUACUUGGCUUCUUCUUGGGCAGGGCACUUGAUUUAGUCCAAAGUCAAGAUCUGGACUGAAGCUGAAAUUGUCAUUUUGGAAGACAAAUUCUGCUUCCAGCUUACCUUUCUUGGUAGCAUUUCAUCAAUAUGUUAAUUGUAAAAUUUGUUGUAUAGUAUUUAACCACUGAAUUCCUUUUCUUUUAUGUUGUGCUUCAGUGAAUCCCCGGUGAAGGUCUCAUUUUCCUUGGAUGAUGUGUAGUUAUAUGAUAAUCUGUUUUUAAAUGUACAGAUAUUUUGCUACAAAAUUGGUGCCGUUUUUUAUGGUUUUUACACCUCUUUUAAUUCCCACUUUAGCCUCUGGGUAAUAUUGUAAAUAUUGUUUAAAAAACUGCAUCAGCCUGUGCUAUACAAUCUGAAUGUUAUUUUAACUUAUAGUUUGUUUUUUAUAUUUAACGAGGACAGUUGAGGGAUCAAAGUUGUCACAUUUUUUUGCUUACCUAUUUACAGAAAGUUUCAUUUCAAAUUGCCACCUUCUAGCACAUCUUCAGACAUGUGUAUUCUACAUGCUCUCAAAAGAACAUGCCAAGAUUGUGUCUGUCUGCUGACAUUGAUUGGAUACUGUACCUAAGAAGCAAUGAUUUUAGCUAUGAAAUGGAAUCCAGAUUAUUGGCUUAUAGUCAAACACACAAGUGUUCUAAAGCUCAUUGCUAACAUACAAAUGAAUUUCCAUAUCACAUGUAUUUAUUAUUCACAGUUAGAAUGGACUGUAAUGUUGGCGUGUUCUUCUUGUUUUGUUUUGUUUUUCUUGUAAUGGGCCUGCUUCUUAGCAAUAUUAGAAGUGUUUUAUAAAGCAGUUCAUGUUACUUUUCUGGUCUGUUCAUGGCAUAUGAGCAAAUAAACUAUUUACACUACUAUACAGCAA